UUUGUCACACAUACACCCACAAACAGUUGGGCGAAACGAGACCUUGGACACGCAAAACAGUCCAACAGUGACAUCACAAGUCCUGACCAGCCGACCUCGUAGCCUACACUGCGAUGGACAACAGCUCUAAAUCUCCAUCAGGUUUAUAGAGUUAGGCUAUCACAGACGAAUGUGACAUCAAUUUGGAUAGCCUUUUAUUCCAAUGUUUGCAAAGCCUUGAGUGGCUUAUUGUAAAGGAUUUAUACAAAGACAACACUUCUACGGUCCUAAACUUGGGUUAAUGACGAAGACGAGGCAAGACGCAAAUUCUUCGCCGUGCGCGCGACCGAACAAGCGCAGAAGUGGACAAGCGAUGGGCGAUGGAGAAGGAGACUCCUGCGCGCAACCAGAUCAAGUGCACGGGCGGCUGGUUGGAGAGCAGCACGCGGCACUUCACGGUUUCGGGCAACCCCAAACAAACGAGGAGUCGCAGCCAGCAGAACUUCAAGAUGCACAGCCAAGCAAGCCUGUCACCAAGACCAGGGUAGGAACUGCAACCCUCCGGCGCACCCCGAGUGGAGGCAAAGAUAUGAAACCGGAGAAGGGAAAAGUGUCCGGGAAAGUCAAGCAAACGAGCAGUGGCAGCCAAAAGAGUCGGAAUAAAUCGUCGGGCCGGAGAAAAUUGUCUGACGCUAGCAACACCUCUGACGAUCUGAGCAAAGACUCCGGAUGCGCCACUGGAAAGCUUUCAUCCGCAAACAGCAGCUCGGAGAUGUCGGACUGCACCUCCGAGGAAAAUAAACUUUCCACAGACAGCGACAUCGAGUCUAAUAGCCGGGAUGGGUUUACUGAUGGAGACAGGACUGGCCUGGGGGACAGUGUCUCGGACAUCAGAAGUGAAGACACAAACAUCAUCAGUUCAUCAGGGGCCAAUAACACUUUGGCACCUGGCAGUGGAAUUGGCGAGGGUAGCAUCUCUCCUGCAGACGAGCGGUCCUUCGCCUCACUUGACAGUCGACUGAAUUUUAGCUCCUCGGUGGCAUUUUCUGACCUGACAGGAGAGUUUGUUGAUGGAAUGCAUGAUGAACUCCUCCGAGAGAUCGAAGAUUUAAGAUCAGAAAACGAAUAUUUAAAAGAUGAGAUGGAGGAGCUGCGCUCAGAGAUGCUGGAGAUGCGUGACCUGUUCCUGGAGGAGGAUGUGUACCAGCUGCAGGACCUGCGGCAGCAGCUGGACCAGGCCAACAAGACCUGCCGCAUCCUGCAGUACCGGCUGCGCAAGGCCGAGCGACGCAGCCUGCGUGUGGCCCAAACUGGACAGGUGGAUGGGGAGCUCAUCCGAGCACUGGAGCAUGAUGUCAGGGUGGCGAAGAGUGUGUCCCUGCGCUUGCACGGCGAGCUGGAGUCUGUGCAGAAGAAGAAGGCGCAGCUGGAGUGGGAGAACGAGGAGCUGCGUGAACGCAUGCAGGACCUGGAGGUAGCCAAUCAGGUCCUGCACACCGAGAUGGACAAGACCCGAGAGAACUCUCUGAGGAGGAGGAGCUUGAGGUCAACAUCCGGCAAGGCUGAAAAGAAGCUUUCCCCACAGGAUGACAGUGCUGAUAUAAAGUGCCAGCUGCAUUUUGCCAAAGAGGAGUCCGCGCUCAUGUGCAAGAAGCUGACCAAGAUGGUCACCGAGAACGAGACCAUGCGGGAGGAGCUGGCCAAGUACCGGCUGCUUUACGGCGACGUCGACAGCACCCAGGUGUCCGACAGCAUGGCCAACUCGCCUCUGGCCCGCGAGGCCGAGGUCAAAGUUCACCUGCGGCUGGUGGAGGAGGAGGCGACCCUGCUGAGCCGGAGGAUUGUGGAGCUGGAGGUGGAGAACCGCGGACUACGGGCGGAGAUGAGCGAAAUGAGGGAGAGGAGAGGAGGAGGAGGAGGAACAAGAGGAGGAGGGGGGGAGGAGGAAGAGGAGUCAAUGGAGGGGGCACGAGAGAGUCUCGCUGUGCCAGUCUGUGUGGACGGAGCUGAGGUGGUUGAAACGCAGUCUCCUGCCAGUGUGAAGGACACAUUGGUCACUACACAAAUACAAACGGAAGAAAGAGGGCACUGCCCUGAAGAGCAGGAGAAGGUCAAGAGGAAUGGCGCUGACCUUUUGACCUCUUACACAGACUUCGGCCGGAAAGACCUGAAGACUCUUCUAGCCCUUCGUGAUCAGGCUCUGCUGGUCAGUUCUGCCAUUGACCUGCUGAGAGCUGCUCCGACCAAAAACGGCAUUUCGCCAUGCUCCAACCAGAAAACCCCACCGUUGUCCCCUUACCUGGCCAAGCCGGAAGCUGACCACCACUCGCCCAACGCUCUCCCUCUCCCUCACCCUCGGCCCCGGGACCUACCCAUCCUAAGCCCCCUCUCCGGCGAGUUGGACCUAUUACAGUUUCAGCUGCAAGCUCUCCUCGAGCGUAUGAAGAGUUUAGUAGACACAGCAGACAGCAGGAAGACCCACAGCUGGGGACCCGGCUCAUGUGACCUGGCACCUCCUCCUCCUCCCGAGGAGCCCACGGAGGAGCAGAAGGAGGCCCUGGUGCUGAAGGUGGACCUGUCCCCCGGGUGCCCAUGUGACCAGGAGACCCUGGUGCUCCUCACCUUGCAGCUACGCUGGUUCCUGCAGCAGUGGCGACAGGGGGAAGAAGCCAAGAACCUCUUUGAGGUGGGCUGCCAGAAGACACUGCGUCUCCUGAUGGAGGGCGAGGAGGUGUCCGACUCGGAGGAUCCCAGUAAGAUGAGCCCCACAGCCUCAAAGAUCUUCCCCAAACUGGUGGACAGUGCUGAGGACAUGGUUCUGGUGGACCUCAAGGCGGCCAUGCUGGACCUGAGCUCUGAGCUGCAGGAGGAGCGGCGGUCAGGGCUCGAGAUGGCCCAGCAGUUCGCCUGCGCCAAAGCAGCCUGGGCCGUGGAGAGGAGCGAGCUCAGGAGCCUCGUCAGCAGGCUGGAGGGCUCCGCCAGCAAGGCCUCGAUGAAGAACCUACCAGACCUGAAGGUGGCGCUGCAGCGGGACCACGUAGAGAAGCUGCAGCACCUGCUGGCUGACUCGUACGCAGCGGUGAUGGAGCUGACGCGGCAAACAAAGGUGCGCGAGCGCAACUGGAGCUGCGAGAAGCAGGAGCUGCUGGAGUACCUGCACCAGCUGCAGUUGGAGCAGCAGAGCAGCGACGCCAGCAGCCAGGCCAAGACGGCCGAGUCUUCUGGUGGCAAGAUGGCUGAGAAUGGAAGACCCUAUGGGACAGAGAGGAUUAAACACAAGCGAGCACAGCCUGAUGUCUCUGAUAAAAACUGGGUCUACCUCAGCCAGGAGGCGGCGUUGCUGGACCAGCCUGACGCCUAUAAGACCUGGGACUUCCCAGUCAUGCCGUCCAGGUUCCCCGGGCUGGACCUCCAGCAGGAGUCGGCCCAGAGGAGCCACACGGCCCCGGAGAAGACCUCACUGCGGAUCUACUACAGCCCGCCGUCCGCCCGCAGGGUCCACCUCUCCAAGCUGACCUGGGACAAAGAGGACGCGUACGUGGAGGGGAAGACAAGGGAGAAGCAGAGUGGAGCCUUCCUGCCCAGAGCGGUGAGGUGCAGAGGAGGAGAUGAGGGCAAUGGGGCUUUGAGCUACCAGGGCGGGCUGCCGCUGGAGUUCCAUGACUUGCUGGAGUGCGGUGGUAGUGGUGGCGGUGGUGGUGGUGGCGCCAGUAGUCCCACGGGGGGCGCUAGCAGGCUGCCCUGUGGCUUCCAGCCUCCCGCUGGCGUCCCGUCCGCCUCGUUCCUACCCUUCGGGCCCCUGCAGGCGUCGGCCAACCUGAGCGACGACAUGAAGGAGAUGACGGCCGUCGUGCGUGGGGCGAGCCGGGGCAACUCCCUGGAGAGGGGGCGGGGUCUGAUGAAGGACGCCUGGAGCCAGACUCAGGCUCAGAGCCGACCGCUGCCGCAUGCCCACACGGUCAGUACGGGCAUGCAGACGGACGGGAUCCGUGGUCUCUCGGCCGGGAAGUACUGGUCCCCCCGUGGCACCACGGCCUCGCUGGUGUCCCCGCGUGCCCAGCAGAUGUCCUCGUCCCUGGAGCGUGUCGGUGGGCGGGCGGAGAAGCCUCCCUCGUGCUCCACCUCGCCAAAGCUCUACCGCCGCCACUCGGCAUCGUCACCGUUCUCCUCAUCUUCAUCCCCCUCUUCCUCACCUUCCUCGUCAUUCCCCUCGUCCUCGCUCUCCUCUUCCUCGUCCCUCACCAACCCGUCCCGGCUAGAGGCUCCUAAGGAGCGCGGGCUAUGGGGUCUGUCCCAGAGGGGGUCCGUAGGUUCCGCCUGGGCCCGUUCCACCACCAGCAGAACCGGUUCUGUAACUGCGGCAAGCGCAGACAAAUCGGCCGGCCGCAAGCCUGUGGGGAUCCACCGCUACGGCCUGGUCCAGGAGUUCCUGCGCAACGUGUGUGGUCGGGGGGACAAGCUUCCAACCGGGGCAGCUGAGAAGGCCGGAGCACCCACGGUGCGGAGGGACAGUAUCGGCCCGGCGGGGCAGAAGAAGGCUGAGCGGCCGGCCUCACGGGUUCCGCUGGUCAGGAGCGACAGUGUGACAAAGAUUGUGAACCGGAGGUUCAUGAAGCAGGGGCAGAAAGAUGAGACGGGCCAGACUCAGACUCAGACCCAGGGCCAGAACCAGGCCAGCAAAAUGCCCGUCAACAAAGACAAGAACCCUGGCACUGCCACGCUAGAGCGGGAUGGCUCCUGUGACUGCAGCUCUCGUUCUCUGACUUCCUGCUUCGCUCGGCCCUCCCGCUCCAACCUCCACCACACCCACGCCCACUGCAGGCUCCGCCCACACGACUGCCCCACAGCAGCUGCAGUGAAGAGCGGCGCUGCCCCUUAGCAACGAGGCCGUGGUCAUUCUUCUCCCCCCCUGGUGUGUUAACCCUCAACACCAACCCCUUCACCCUGCAACCACACACACACACACUCACACACACACACACACAUACACAGCUGACAGCAUUCCCACAGGUCCUGAGAAACCCAAGCCAGGCCAAUCUUUAAGGAUGGGUGGAAAGACACUGAACAGAUGAAUCGUGUCGAGUUCUGCUGUACAGGGCCUAUGCAAUUCGAUUACCUACAACAGCUGGAUUUGGCCGGGGGGUUGUUGAAUAAUGAUCACACACACAUGUGUUUGUUUGUGAGGACUUUGGACCAUACAAGGACAAAUCACUUUUAUUGGGUAGGCUCCAGUCAGAUAUACACAUGCAUAUAUAUUAAAUAUCAUGUUAUGAAUGUUUUAUGUACAUAUUAAUCAUCAUAGUCAUUUUUUUUCCUUUAAUGAUAAUUAGCCAUCAUGUCUAUUAUAUGUUAUUAUAUACUGCAGAGGUGACAGUGACGAUAUGAAUCAAAUAAGGCACAAUUGUGGCAUGUGCUGUGCUUAGUUGCAUUGUAACACAUUAUUUCAGUAGAUGCCUUAAUGUAAAAACCCUUUACAUCAACAUAUACAUGAAACAGAUAGAAGGACAGAGGAAAAGUGGCAGACCAGUUGUUUUUUUCUGUAUGAAUAUUUUUUUUUAUGUUAGGUUUUAGGUUUAAUACUGUAUUUAUAAGUAAAUAUGCAGUCAGGUACUAUACCCCAUCCUAAAGGAGAUCGUCAGCAUCGUCACCUGAUAUAUCUGAUGCACUGUGUCCAAUCAGAUUACUGUAGUCAUUGCUGUAAGCACACUUUAUUAAGUUGACUUGGGAGUAGAGUGUAUGUUGACAUGUGUAA